AUGCCUAUCUUAGUCACAUAUGCCACCUCAAGGGGAUCGACGAGGGAGGUAGCAGAACGCAUAGCAGCCCGCCUUCAUGCUGCCGGCUUCGGUGUCGAUUGCAGGCCGGUAGACCGGGUCUACAGUGUCGAUAACUACAGUGCUGUCAUUCUUGGAAGCGCAGUACAGUCUCACAAAUGGCUUCUCGACGGAUUGAAGUUCCUUGAUGUCGAGGCCAUGGGCCUUCAGAAGCGACCAGUGUGGACAUUCAGUGUAAGCAUGGCACUAGCAAGGUCCCCAGAGUGGAUGCGACGGCGACUGGCGGACAAAGAGAACAAAUCGAUCGAAACAACGAUUACUCACAAGGUGCCGAAAGUACGAGACCAUCAUUUAUUCGCAGGAAAACAUGAAAAGUCGUCAACCUCGUUUCCGAUCAGGAUGUUAUACUCCUGUAUCGGCGGCAAGCUGGGCGAUCACCGAAACUGGGCUGAAAUCGAUGCCUGGGCCGCCACUAUCGCGAAACAAUAUACGGAUUUACUUCUCCAACAUCAUGCAGCACUUACGGCAGGCUUGAUUGAGCUGUACUCUCGAUCACUAAAAGGUCACAAGUGGGUCGGAACGCCUGUCGAAGAAGUCAAUGGCAUUCCCAGUGUGCAUCGAAUUCUUGAAGAACUAGGCGUAAUCGAGAGCGAGGACGAAGUCGAUAGCGAAAACAAGACGGGCGCGGAUAUUCCGUCUGGACGUGAAGCCGUAUCACCUCUAAGAAUCAGAACCAACAAAGAUAUCAGUUCCGGGCCCAAGAUCAAAAGAUUACCACCCAUGCCACAGUUGCAAGUGCCCGACAAGAGAUCCACCAAUGACUCGUCAACACCGCUCCGUUCUCCAGUAUCGGCAAAUCCAGUCCGUGCAAAGAUCGCCCCAGCAAAGUCACCACUGUCAAGACAUGUAUGCCAUAACAACGCAAGAAAAGCACCAAGCCAAUACUUCGCCUCAUCCCCAGAAUCCGGAGGAGGCGGUACAGGCACGUACACCGGCACACCGAGCCCAUGGGACUCCUCUCCCGAACUCAGCGACGAAUUGUUCACCACGCCAGUCCCCUCACCAAAUGUCAGCUCCUCCCAGUCGGAUUUCCAAUACGAGCGACAGCAGCAAUGCCUACAGCAAACCCAAAUGUCCGAGACACCUCUCUAUGCCCAAGCCCAAGUCCAAGCCCAAGCACGCCCUGCAAUGAUGCCACGGACCACAUCGCAAACAUCACUCCCAUUCGCCUUCAGCUCAGCCAACACCUACAUGCGCGAACCUCUGGUUCCUAAUUCUCUGGGCCUGGGCAUGUCCUUCCCCAGCACUAAUGGCACCAGCACCACCGGCAGCGGCAGUGGCAGUGGCACGAGCAUUGACAUUGCCGAGCCCUGCAGCGCAGGCUAUUUCUACGACGCGACGACUUGCGGCAUGGGAAGCGGGACUAACAUCUACGGCUGGGACUACAAUACCAGCACAGGAUCAGGAAACGGCGUCCCGACGCUGGGCUAUCAGGAUUUCGGGCCUAUGGAAUAUAAUUCUUGGGACUCGGGUGUUUUCGUCUGA